GGCGAGGGUCCUGCUCCCCGGCCGGUUCCCGCGGGGCUGCCGCUGUCAGAGCAGUUGCCGAGAGCUAGAGCGUUCCGCGCGGCGCUCCUUUGCGCGCGGGGCCGGGCCGGGCUAUUGGGGCGUGCGCGCGCGUGCACGGGAGCCCGCGCGUUUAGGGGCAUCCUUUCGCUGCCAUGUAGCCCCUGCGGGUGAGUGAGUGUGGAGUCAGCUGGAAUCGGGGGUAGGAGUGGCUAGUGGUUGGAGGAGGAGGGCGAGAUUGAGAGGCGAGCGGGACCCGGGCCGGGCCUUCCUCCUCCUGCAGGUGGCUGCCUGCUGACCUCGGGCAAGGGAGAAGAGAACUGUGAAGACAGAACAAGCAGCAUGAUGGAUUCAAAAGACCUUGUCCUGAACAAAUCAAAGGCAGACCAAGUCAGUCACCGCAUUGUAAAAGUUAGCUCAGGCAAACAUUACUUCUGUGGUUAUUGUGCAGCCAUCACAAAUGUCGCAGUCACCUUCCCUGUCCAGAAAGUCCUCUUUCGACAGCAGUUGUAUGGUGUACGAACCAGAGAUGCAGUACGUCAGCUGCAGAAAGAUGGGCUCAGGAAUCUGUACCGUGGCAUCCUUCCACCGCUGAUGCAGAAGAGCACAACCCUGGCAAUAAUGUUCGGCCUGUAUGAGGACUUGUCUUCCGUACUCCUGAAGCACAUGAGUGCGCCUGAAAUUUUGACCCGGAGCUUGGCAGCCGUGCUCGCUGGGACCACGGAAGCGGUCCUGACUCCCUUCGAGCGCGUUCAGACACUUCUGCAGGACUACAAACAUCACGACAAAUUUACAAACACUUACCAGGCGUUCAGAGUUCUCCGAGACCAUGGGGCCAGGGAAUAUUACCGGGGGUUAGUGCCUAUCCUGCUCCGGAACGGCCCUAGCAAUGCUCUCUUCUUCGGUCUCAGAGGACCUAUCAAGCAGUGUUUGCCUGAAGCCACAACUUACAGUACUCACUUGAUCAAUGAUUUUAUUUGUGGAGGUCUGUUGGGUGCUAUGCUGGGGUUCCUCUUUUUCCCACUGAAUGUAGUAAAAGCUCGCAUGCAGUCACAAAUUGGUGGGGAAUUCCAGUCUUUUUCCAAGGUUUUCAUGAAGAUUUGGCUGGAGCGUGACAGGAAACUGACGCACCUCUUCCGAGGCGCCCAUCUGAAUUAUCACCGGUCUCUGAUUUCUUGGGGAAUAAUCAAUGCGACAUAUGAAUUCUUGCUCAGAUUAUUGUGAAAAGUGCUUGCGAAGUUCAUUUUCUCAGUUGGGCGCCAGACAAACACAGAACUGUCAAUUUCCAGGGAGAAAUCAAACACACUAAUGAUAACACUGAGCUCCAACAUAAUAGUUUAAUCAGUAGGUGAAGAUACCAGUUUUGAGCAGUGCCUACUUAGCUCAAAAUAUAAUUGUAUUCAGUCCUAUGAAUGGCCUUUCAAUCUGUGGGUGCGAGUGAACUGUACAGCUAGAACAAUUGUUUGAAAAGUUUCCUCGGAUAUGCCUGAAGAUGGAUUUACCCACGGCAUUUGCUCCAGAUCACCGUCAACUAUUCUCAACACUCCUGGUGAUCCAAAGAAUGCACUUUGAAGAAAUGUGUAAUUGGGCGGAAGACUGAUAUUUAAUUUGUCGCUUGGCCCUUUUGGAACAAACAGUGGCAUGCUGUAAUAAACUCCCAAGAUGCUUCAAGUUUCCCCUCCCCCCACUUUUAUUUUUUUUAACUCCUUGAGCAGAGACUGCCAAAUUUUGAAGAGAAAUCCUUUCUCCCAAACCUUAAGGUUCUGUAAAAGUUGUCAAAUAGCUUUUGCUAGACUGUUGAUACAAAUGACACCUUGUCGAGAUUUUGUAUUAAAUUUCAGAAACUGAAUUCACUGUAAGCUCAGUGGUGGGAGUAUCUGUUUAAAAAUAAAUAGGUGUGUGUUGGUGGAAAGGUGAGGAAAGUUUUUAAGUGCCCUUCAUGUUACACUGCCACCUGACUUGUCAAUGUGGUCUUUUGUGUGGCUGUUUAUACUAUUACGGUAAGUUUUGUUGCAAGUGAAUAUACUUCUCCAAAGGGUUGCUUUAGGAAGGAUGGUGCGAAUGACAAUUGGUGCAAUCCAACCAAAAUUAUGCAUUUCCCCCAUUGAAUCCCCCCCUCCCCGGUGAUAUUUAAACUGCUUUAGCUUUUUCUGUAGGUUGUGGUCUAUUUGUUGAUACUUUCUGCAAUUCUGGCAUAGCUAAUCGGUUUUCGGAUCUGAAAUGUUACCUGCUGUCACCUAAACUUUGAAUGCUCUAGUUAAGCAAGGCUCUAUGUCCUUGAAUGAAAAUGACUCACCCAGGUAUUGCAAUUUUCAGGCUAUUUCACUGUGGUUGAAAAAGGAACUUAAAUAGCUCCUUUCACAUGCUGCUCAGGCUUGUUUUAUGUUGAGAAUGUGCCUCAUGUAUGGCCCCCUCUCCUGUAUCUCGUUCAGUAUAGAAUCAAUACAGGUAGGCCCAGUUCAUGAGAUCUGUCCACUCAUUUUACAACAGAGAAGUUGUUGACUCAGGCCUUGCUUCAUAUAUGUAUAUAUAACACGCAUCAAGCGUGAGAACUGGCCCAUAGUUCAGUACGAAGGACCAUGCAUGUAUGUAUGUAAAAAGGACAUAAGCUUCUGCAAGCUGAUUUUCUGUGUUUAUUCAAUCAUGCUAAUAAACAUUUCUCCGCACAUUGGAAUUCAAGUAAAAAGCAAAAGAUGAACAGAAGCAACCUAAGAGGUUUCAAGUCAGAGAGGAAAGCAUGUCUGAAUACCAAAAUAAUGCUCUUAACAGGUUAGGGGAGGGUGAAAUUAUUUUGUAUAGUUGUUUUUU